CAGGGAAGAAGUAUAUAAGAACAAGAGAAAAAAAUACGACAGUAAAAGGACAGCUAUUAGAAUAACAAAAGUGACAUCAGAAAACAGCAGAAUAUCACCAACAGCAAGAAAAACAGCAAAACCAAGAGUAUAAUAACAUCAUAAUGAUCGAGGACGUGACACAUACGGAUGUCAACCCGCUGGCCAGCCCAAAGGGAACACACAAGCCGUGUAUCCGGUGUGGGGAGCGAUCGAGAUUCAUGUGCAAGAAAUGCAGAGCAGUUUUCUACUGCAGUAAGGCCCACCGGGACGAAGACUUGAGGGUGCUCCACUCUGACGUCUGUGACCUGUAUGCUUUUCUGAAAGACUCUAUUAGAUUUGUACCGGGUCAAGAUGAGAGGGAUCGGCUGGAGAAACAACGGGUGAUCAAGAAAACAGAAAUCUUGAAAACUGCUAAGUCUCUUGCUCAGAAGUCACUGUUUCAGAACCAUCCUGACGAUGCCAUCAACCAGCUUUCCGUUGCCAUACAUUUUGCUCAUGAGCUGUACGGGAACAAUUCAGUGCUCAUCAUUCCGAUCCAUGCCAUGUGCGUGGAGGCGCUGGUCAAGAGAGGGAGGAUGGACCAGGCCACUCAACAACUGUCCAAGGCGGAAUGGAUACUCCUGAACGAAGACGACUGCCCGGACCUGAUCAAGGCCGAUUUUUACAAAAACGAAGGUUUCCUCAACAUGUGCAAAAAAGAGUACAAAUCAGCCCUGACCAGUUACGCUAACGAGACCUUCUUCUCUACAGCUGCCUUCCACCCAGUGUGA